GAUUGAUACUUGAGUAACACAUAGGGAAACUGAGGCACAUGCACAAACAUUAAGAACAUUUCCGUUUCAUCACACCCCUCUGAGACCAGCCCAAGGGCACAUUCUCCAGUGGCUGGAAACACUCUAACCAUACCAGCCCUUGAGCCUGCAGGUCACGGAGAGACCUGGGGAAAGGGCUGGAGCCAGGCAGGGAAAUGACUCUGCACAAAGGGCCCCUCUCAGGGACCAACUGGUGUCGCAGGGUGUUCAGUGCUGAGGGGAGGAACCGAAUCUGUGUUGUGAUAAAGUGACUCAGGGUUUUCCCAGCACAGCAGAGCCCAGAGCUUCUAUCUGCAGGGAGAAGGUGUGUGACAUGGACUCAAUUCCCUUCUGUAAUCUCCCCCAUCGCCCCUCUCGCCCCAACAGGCCAAGGAAUCACGUCCACAUUUCUCUCCAGAUGGUCCCAUCUUCCAGGAGACAGGGAAGGGAAAUGGCUGUGAUGGAGACAGCUCAGAUGCCAGUGACCUUCGAGGAGGUAGCUGUGUAUUUCACCCAGGGGCAGGGGGCUCUGCUGGACCCCUCUCAGAGAGCCCUCUACAGGGAAGUUAUGCACGAGAACUACGAGACGGUGACCUCGCUGGGAUUCCCCCUUCCCAAACCUGAGCUGAUCACCCGGCUGGAACGAGGGGAAGAGCCGUGGGUGCCCGAUCUCCAGGCCUGCGAGGAAAGAGAGAUCCCAAGAGGUGCCCGCACAGCAGGGGAAGUGGAACCAGACCGGACCUUUGUGGGAAGAGCUGCAGGGAAUUUUUCCCACUGCUGGGAACAGGGAGAUGAUGGGGGAAAUUGGCAGAGGUCAGAGAGGCUUCUGGGAAACCACUCAAGGGAGCAAAUAGAUGAAUCUAUUAUAUGUGGGGAAGGAUACAGGAAUCCCACAGCCCGGCAGACAACCCCAAAGGAAGACAGACACUAUGAAUGUCUUGGCUUUGGGAAAGGAUUCAUUCUGAGACCGCAGCUUGUUACGCUUCAGGCAAUAAAUACUGGUGAGAAUCAACUUCAGUGCUUAGACCAUAGGCAUAACUUCAAUAACCUCUCAGAUCCUAAUAACCAUGGAAAAAGCCACACUGGAGAGAAAUCCUAUCAAUGCUUUGAGGACAGGAACUAUUUGACUUGGAAGUCAGUACUGACUACACAUCAAAUAAGCCACAUAGGAGAGAGACCGCAUAAGUGCUUAGACUGUGGGAAAAGUUUUAUAUGGAAGUCAGACGUUGUCAGACAUCAGGCUGUCCACAUAGGAGAGAAACCCCAUAAGUGCUUAGACUGUGGAAAAAGUUUUAUAUGGAAGUCAGGCCUUGCUAAACAUCAGGCAAUCCACACAGGAGAGAGAUCCCAUAAGUGUUUGGAUUGUGGGAGAAGUUUCACAAAUAAAUCAAAUCUUAUAAUACAUCAGAGGAUCCAUACAGGAGAGAGACCCCAUCAGUGCUCAGACUGUGGAAAAAGUUUCAUACAGAGGUCAGACCUUGUUAGACAUCAGGCCAUCCACACAGGAGAGAGAUCCCAUAAGUGCUUAAUCUGUGGAAAAAGUUUCAUACUGAAGUCAGCCCUUGUUUCACAUCAGAGAAUCCACACCGGAGAGAGACCCCAUAAGUGCUUAGACUGUGGAAAAAGUUUCAUACGGAGGUCAGCCCUUGUUUCGCAUCAGAGAAUCCACACAGGAGAGAGACCCCACAAGUGCUUAGACUGUGGGAAAAGUUUCAUACAGAGGUCAAAUUUUGUUGAACAUCAAGCAAUCCACACUGGAGAGAGACUGCAUAAGUGUUUGGACUGUGGGAAAAGUUUCACACACCGAUCAAAUUUUAUAACACAUCAGAGGAUCCAUACAGGAGAGAGACCCCAUCAGUGCUCAGACUGUGGAAAAAGUUUUAUAUGGAAGUCAGACCUUGUUAGACAUCCAGCAAUCCACAGAGGAGAGAGACCCCAUAAGUGCUUAGGCUGCAGGAAACAUUUCAGAAACUGAUCAGUCCUUGUUUUACAUGAGAAAAUCCACACAAGAGCAAGACUCCGUAAGUACUUGGGCUGUGGCAAAAGUUGCCCACUGAGAUCACACCUCAUUAAACACUGGAGAAUUCACACAUAAUCUCAACUUCUGUGACACCUUGUUGCACCUCUAGAAAUAGAACUAGCAGAGUCUUGUUUGAGGGAGAAGCCAAUAUGCCACGUUUACUGUGAACACAGAGAAUUCUUAAUAGGAGUAAAAGAUAAGUAGUUCAAUUUCUAUUUCUAGCUACGAUUGUUCACUACGCGCACACACGCGCGCGCACACACACACACACAUACACACACACACACUCUCUUCUACAGAUGUAAUAUAAUUACCAGCCUCAGUUGCUCAUCCUAGUCCACUGGCCAGGUGGUCUAGUCAUGAGGAGGGGAGGGGAGCCCGGUGUGCACCAAUGCUCCUGGAGGAUGAUCAUAGAACUGGAAGAAGAACCCAACCCUAUGGUUUUGUACCCAUCUUUUUAUAUGUUUCUAUCCAUAGAUCCUGUCCUGUCCCACUGCCCCUAGACACUGUAUGAUCAUGAGUCAUCAGUUAAUGGCAGAUGUGACUUUGAUCUUUUUCUUCCAGGGGCUUUUGUUUUUCUUUCUCUUGGGUGGGUUCUUUUGCAAGUUUCACCCAUAUUGUUCUUCAGCCAUCUGGGUGGUGCUGGCUGCUCGUCUUUGCGAUGAGCUGGCAUUAGGGACUGAUCCCAUCUCACACCCUCAUUUACACUUUUAAAUGAAACACACACAUCUAACAUUACACAGAGUUUCAGUUACAAUAUGGAAUUGCUUUAGUCAUAAUGUAUAGCGGUUUUAGUUACAAUGUAUUAAAAAGAAAAGAGUUACAGUAACAGAUUCUUCCAAGGCAAUUCUUGGUAAGCUACUAACACAUAAUUUGUCCAAAGGUGGUUAACACUGUUUCAUUUAUAAAAAGACAAUGUAAUUAAUAAAAGAUGGUUUCAUUGCAAGUAUACAGAGCCAUAUUAUAUAGGUAUAAUUUAUUUAAAGGGUGAUUUCAUUCUUCAGCCCUACGACCUGGCCCGAAAGAGUUAAGAAACUUGCAUGCUAAUUGACCCAGAUUCAGCCUUUAGAGAGAUGUUCGAAAAGUGUUUAAAUUAUAUUUGGGGUCAUUCCAAAUAAUAGAAACUAGAACUUUGAAAUGUAACCUUGUAUUGUUAAAAACUCAGAAGAAGAUAGUGUUGCUGAUUAAUCGUGAUUAACUCAAAAAAAUUAAUUGUGGGUAGAAAAAUUAGUCUCGAUGGAUCACACUGUUAAAUAAUAGAAUACCAACUGAAAUCUGUUAAACGUUUUUGGAUGUUUUUCUAUGUUUUCAUAUCUAUUGAUUUCUAUCACAACAAAGAAUAGAAAGUGUGCAGUGCUCAAUUUAUAUUAUUUUUAAUCACAAAUAUUUGUCCUGUAACCAUGAAAAGCAAAAAUAGUGUAUUUCAAUUCACCUCCUAGAAGUACUGUAGUGCAAUCUCUUUAUCAUGAAAGUGUAACUUAGAAACAUAGAUUAUUUUUGGUAUAUAAGUGCACUCAAAAAUAAAGCAAUUAAAAAUUUUAGA